UUUGUACAUGUAAACUGUGCUAACAAUGUCAUGGAUAAAGGAUAGCACAGUAAACUGGUUUCAACUUUUGGCUAUUAAAGUUCUAAGAACCGGGCAUAUUCCUAAACAUGUAGCAUUUAUAAUGGAUGGUAAUAGACGUUAUGCUACUAAAAAUGGAAUGGAAAAAAUAGAGGGACAUACAAAAGGAUUUGAUAAAUUUGCUGAAACUCUACAAUGGUGUAGAGACCUUGGAAUAGAAGAAGUAACAUUCUAUGCAUUCAGUAUUGAAAAUUUUAAAAGAAAACAAGAAGAAGUAAAUGGGCUUCUGAAUCUUGCAGAACAAAAAUUUCAAAGUCUAAUAAAUGAAAAAGAUAAAGCAAGAAAACAUGGAUUAUGCGUUCGUAUAAUUGGUAAUUUGUCACUGGUACCUCAGAAUAUAAAAAAAUUAAUAGCAGAAACCAUGAUUUUCACUAAGGAUCAUAGUAAAGUAUUUCUUAACAUUGCAUUUGCCUACACAUCAAGAGAUGAAAUUACACAUGCAAUUAAAGAUGUAAUUGAAGGUGUUGAGAACGGUGAUAUUCACCUAGAAGACAUUGAUGAAAAUCUAAUUUCCAACUGCUUGUACACAAAUGAUUCACCAAAUCCUGAUUUAUUAAUUCGUACUUCUGGAGAAGUCAGAUUUAGUGAUUUUCUUAUGUGGCAAAUAUCAAAUACAUGUAUCUACUUUACUAAUAUACUGUGGCCAGAAUUCAAUGUGUGGGACUUCCUUAAUGCAAUAUUUUAUUAUCAGAGAUGCUAUUCUAAAAUGCAAAAGAUAAUGAAAAUACAAAAUGUGAAACCUACAAUACAGAAUAGUAGACAAUCAACGUAUAUAGAUAAAUUACAUCACAAAAGACAACGUACACUCGAAAGAAUAUAUCCUUCAAACAUUUAA